AUGUCGCGGAGACCAGCUGGACCCGACAGGACGAUGCAGAACCAGCAGACGUUGAAGAGCCUGGUCAAGUUGGAAGGAAACAAGAGCUGUGCAGACUGCAAAAGGAACAAGCACCCGAGAUGGGCCAGUUGGAACUUGGGCAUCUUCAUCUGCAUUCGAUGCUCUGGUAUUCAUCGUGGCAUGGGCACGCACAUUAGCAGAGUCAAGUCUGUCGACCUGGAUUCUUGGACCGACGAGCAACUUCAGAGCAUGCUGAAGUGGGGCAACACCAGAGCCAACAAGUACUGGGAAGCAAAGCUCGCCCCUGGUCAUGUUCCCGCUGAAGCCAAGAUCGAGAACUUCAUCCGCACAAAGUACGACUCGAAGAGAUGGACUAUGGAUGGUCCCAUUCCAGACCCCUCGACUCUGGGAGGCGAGGGUGGGGAUGAAGACGUGGUAAAUACAAAUCAACCUUCUGCUAGUACAGAGCCGCUGACCAGCCUCCAGCCCCUCAGCGUAGUUCAAGAAAAGGCCAAGCUCGACCGAUCGGCCUCUCUCAGAAAUGCUUCGAUGAGCAGCGGUCCUGCUGCUCCUCCUGCAGCUCCCAGAGCACCUGCUCCAGUCAUCGAUCUUUUUGGCGACGACCCGACCCCAGCCCGUGCCAGCACCGCCGAACCUACCAUCGCUUCAAGACCUCCUCCACAACAACAGCAAAAGGCUCCUGCUGCACCUCCCAAGCAAAACCGUCCUGGCGACUCUCUACUUGGUCUCGACUUUUUUGGAAACAGCCAGUCCGCGCCACCAGCACGCCCAGCUAGCGCUGCUUCAGGAGUCGCUACUGCUGGAAGCAAUCCACGAUCAGAUCUCAAGCAGUCCAUCCUGUCCUUGUACGCCUCUGCACCUAAGCCUGCUCCAGUACAGCAGCCUCAAUCUUCCUCGAACGCUUUUGGUGGUUUCUCUUCACCACCGCUACAAUCUCCUGCUGCUUCGACGUCCUCUUUCGGUGGUAUGGCUGAUGCUUUUGGCGGCUUGAACUUCGGUGGCACACCUGUUCCACAACAGCAGCAACAGCAGCAGCCCAAGCCCUCUGCCUUCUCGAAUCUAACUUCCCCAGUAUCACGUACAAGUUCUCUCAGUGGCGGCAGCUUCUUCGAUGCUAAGCCUGCGCCUCCGCCUAAACCAGCCGCUGCACCUGCUCCCAAGCCUCAACCAGCUCGCAUGUCGAGUGGAUUUGGCGAUUUUGGUGAUUUCACAUCCGCACCAUCACCAGCACCUAUGUCCACAAAAUCGCCAGUUCCCGCCAGCUCUGGCAUGGGAGACUUGUUCGAUAUGAGUGCUCCUGCUCCUGCGCCUCCCAAGCCUGCAACUUCAACCUCUGCAUCUGCCUUCAACUUGUCGAGCCCCGCACCACCACCGAAGCCUGCACCCGUACCAGCCAUGUCUGGCCUCGAUAAUAUGGAUGCUUGGGGCUCGAACAAUGCUUGGAGCACCCCUGAGCCAGCAGCGCCUGCCCCACCCACUACUUCGUACAAGGCCCCUGCUCCUACUACAUCAUACAAAGCACCUGCCAUGACAAGCGUGUCAAACGACGACGACUUUGGUGGUUGGGGAAGCAAUGAGGGCACUUCUUCUAGCAAGCCUACCGUCAGCCAGGAUGAUGACUUUGGUGGUUGGAGCAGUGCACCUGCACCGGCUGCUUCGACAACUAACAGCAAGGCACCAGCUUCAGAUGAUCUUUUUGGAAAUGUCUGGGGUUAA